AUGCUGAAGUAAUGGGCCGUAAAAGUAGGGCUCCACCGUGAAAGUAGUAUAAAUAAUCGUGGCUCAUACCCUUUCUUCCCUAAACCGCCGCCGUCAUAACAACUGGUCAUCUUGGUUUCAGAUCUAAAUCGCUGACGAUCGUGGAUCAGUUCCUCAAAUAAAGAAAUGGCUCAACCAAGCUUACCUUUCAAAGUUGGUGAAAUUGUUGAAGUAAGAUCUUUUGAAGUGGGAUAUCGUGGAGCUUGGUUUCGAUGCAAGAUAUUAAACAUAUACACGAAGGAGGGGAAAUUGUUCUACAGCUUGAAGUAUCUUGAUUACGAUGGGGAAGAUAUACAUCACACACAAGUCUAUCAACAGUUUGAAGAUGGGGAGGAGUGGCUGAUGGUUCGACCAUCAUAUCCACCAUGUUAUCAGGAGCGGGAAGUCCGUAAAAUCGAGGCUAACCAAGCACCUCUUGUUGUCGUUCAUGGCUCUUGGCAAGUAGGAGACUUGGUUGAUUGGGAUAGAGAUGGAUGUUUCUGGUGUGCAACGGUCUUGACAGUGAAGAGAAACGAACCAUUCCAGAUUGAGUUGUUUCCACCACCACUCGGUGAAGGAGAAACUUAUAAAGCUUUGCGUAAGGACGUGCGUCCAACAUUGGAUUGGUCACCUGAAGAUGGCUGGACACUGCCUUCUACGGAUGGACGAAAAAGUCAAAGUGUUAGGCUCGUGAAACGUGAGAAAGGAGUAGAUCAUGUACCUGGAAAGGAGAAAACAGAGAGAGCCAAGAAGCAGAAGACAGAGAGACACACGCAGCACAGGACUGAGAGAGACGCACAGCAGAAGACAGAGAUGCAGCAAGAGAAAGGCAACGGAGAGAUUCGACAAAAUAUCGAUGAGUCGGAUUCAAUUGAAGCUGCAGUUUAUGACUUGGAAGAGCUUAUCGUUCGAAUUGAGUGGAUAAAAAAUAUGCUAAGUCCAGAUGUUGGAGGAGGUUCAACGUGGAAAUAUCAAGACUACCGCCCAUCUUCUAAGUGAAUGUGAGAAUUCAUCAUGGUGGUAGGUUUAGGAGGUGAAACUGCUGGUGUGCUGGUGAAAUUUUGUUAAAAAAAUUUCAAGUUCGAUGGUGAAAUGGGGAAGAGACGUAGAGUUUUGUGCAACACCAGAAAAGACAUGAUGAUGUAGGUUGUGUAUAUGCCUUUCCAAGCGCCCAAAAAAUAUGCUAAUGACCAAUUUCAUCUUUGUACACAUGUUUUUACAUUUGUAUAAAGUUAAUGAAGGGAAUUUGUUUUGUUUUUUUA